GAUAAAAUGCUGACAUUACAGUCACAGUUGAGAGAAAAUCAAGCUGAUUUGUCCAGUUUCCUUGGUGAUUUAGAUAAAUGGACAUCUGAUAUUAAAGCGAAAGACGAAAAUUUGAAGAAGAUAAAAGAUGUGCCAUCUAAACAGGAUUUACCACCUAUUAGAAACAGUAAAGAGAAAAAAAGGAAAAAGAAAGAUAAGAAAGAAAAGAGUAAAAAUGGAGAUAAAAAGUACAGUAAUGAAAAUAAAAGUGGAAAGAGAAUUAGUAGCUAUGAUUAUAGAGGAUGGGAUCAAUUUGAUGUUGAUAAGGCCUGUGAAGAUGUAGAGGAAAAUAAUAAUCUCUCAGACACUGAUACAGAAUCUGACUCAGAUGAAGAAUGGGAGAAGUUGGCUCUACAACAGAGAGCCAUUGAGGAGAAAAAUAAGGGAAAUGAACAUUUUAAGAAAGGUGAAUAUGACCAGGCCAUUGAAUGGUACACGAAGGGGAGUAACUCUGAUCCAACUAAUGCCUUAUUACCAGGCAACAGAGCAAUGGCUUUAUUGAAACUAGAAAGGUAUGGUGCAGCAGAAGUAGAUGCUAAUCAAGCAAUUAUUUUGGACCCUCUGUAUUAUAAAGCUUAUUUAAGACGUGCUGCAGCAAGAGUGGGCUUAAAGAAAUAUGACAUGGCUCGAGAAGAUUAUAAGAAAUUGCUCAAUUUAGAUCCUGGUAAUAAAGUAGCAAAAGCAGAA